CAUCCUUUGUGCUCCAGAAAUAUAUAUUCCUCGCUGCAACGCGCGGCUAGGAAGCCCAGAAGGGAACCCAACCCUGAAGCUCAUGGACAGCGUACUGCUGAUGGUCUUUCGGAAGCUCUGAACAAUCAUCAAGUCACCAUUGCUACACGGUCGAACUACGUCUACACUCUACCGAAGCCAUUUUAUAUCAUGAUCUCGGCAUUACGUUACUUGUUCUGGCUAAUGGCGGUGACCUCGUUCUAUAUGAUGUACAUUUCAUUAUUCAACAAUGGAUUCUUCGAUCUUCUCUCGCAACAGCUGGCGACUAGAAUGGCUCCUGGGGAACCGCCUGUUGCUCUUCUAUCGGAGUAUACUGGGCUAAAAGCCCUCGACAGUAUAUUGGAAAAUACAAUCAUCUUCUUUUGGCCGAUUUCCCAGGGCCACCAUGCUGGUUUGUCCUUACUGGGACUGGGCUUUGCGGGGGGUAUGGUUGGCAUCUGGAUGAUCGUUGUGGUCCAUAUCUGCCGGACAUUCUCAUUCAUACGUGGCAUGGCAAUAACUCUCAUCGUUGGGAUUGCACAACAGGCAGUUGGUCCUGGAGUCGUGAUACCAUGCUUCUUUGCUGUGGCUUCUAAGGCUAGACCGGUCUGUGAGAGCCCACAUCCUACAGGAGCAGGUCCCACACCCACCGACGGUCUAGUUGCUUCGAUGAUCAUGAGCUAUAUCCUGCCCUUGGCGACAAUGUCCCUCACAGCGCCUUCAAUGAUUGCCCCUGAUGUCAAACAACAACUCAUCGCGGCAUGGCAAGGGUGGCCAGUAUAUUUUGUCGUCCUAUUGAUCGUCCACCAUUAUACCAUGGGUUCUACACACCCGCGGGGAGCAUCAGCACGUCGUCAGCUACGUUCCGUGUAUCGCUUCGGUUUCCUCUGCUCCUAUAUCUGUCAUAUGGCGUGGCUCUCGGCAUUCGUGGCGUCCAAAAUCCAAUCUUUUGCCCAAUCACAUGAUCUCUACUACCUGCGUCCAUACGGUGUCACGUUUCCGCUCUUCAAUCAGCCUGCAGAGGGACUCGGAGCUCUUGAAGCUGGAUUGUUUACGUUCCUCCAAUGGGACUACGGUAUUGCUGCAGUGGCCACGAUGGUGUGGAGCACCGAUCGUUACAUCCAAGACUGCCACCGAGCUGGAUUGGAGAUCAGCAAAUCCCAACUGAUCCGACGGUUGCUUGGAUGGAUGCUGAUUGAUGGGCCCUCGGCUACGGCUGUUAGACUUGCGUGGGAAUCGGAAGAUAUCUCAUAUCUGCAGGACCGAGGUGUUGGGAUGCGUGCUUUGAAUUCCUCGAAGAUACACAUGGAUAUAGACAUUCUCACUGCCACGGUGGCCAAGUAUAGCCAUUCGUUUGCAGCAGAGAACGGUUCUAUUUUGUUUGCUAUCUCGCUGGUCAUCCUGUUUACGUGGUUCAUAAUCCCCAACCCCGUGAAACGCAGCAAUGUGUCUGUCCCCACUGUUACGCUCUUCAAUCCUUAUCUACCUGAAUUCCUGAGUCGAGUGUGGUUCAACUCAACAGCCCCUACAGUGAUCUACAAGGGAUAUCGACAGUAUAAGGAUCGAGCAUUCCGCCUUCUCAAGCCCGAUGGGGAUAUUAUCGUGCUAUCGAAUAAGUACGUGGAGGAGCUGCGCCAGCUCCCUCUCACAACGCUUAACGCUCUGGAAGCGGUGUUCGAGGAUCAUGUGGGCAAAUACACGACAAUAUUGAACGACAGUCACCUGCAUACUGAGGUUAUACAGAAGCGCCUAACUCCUGCGAUCAGUCGAUUGGUGCCCCGGAUUAUAGACGAAUUAGAUCAUGGCUUUCAAGUUGAGAUGCCAGAUUGCGAACAUGAAUGGGUCCCAAUCAAGCCGUAUGAGCUUUUCCUCCGCCUAGUCGCUCGAUCUGGUGCCCGUGUGUUUGUAGGACCAGAAAUCUGUCGUAGUGAGAAAUGGCUGGCUGCUUCGAUCGACUUUACCAAGAAUAUCUUCAUGACAAUCGCACUGCUGCGCCCAAUACCAAGCUUCCUCCAUCCGAUCGUCGGGUCCAUAUUACCUAGCAGUCGCAGCCUAGAUACACAGCUACGAUACGUGCAAGAUGAGCUUCUCGGUCCAGAGAUAGCGAGACGCCGGCAGAAGGAAGCGUCAGGCGACCCUGACUACCAGAAACCGGACGACUUCCUCCAAUGGAUGAUGGACCUGGCCCAGAAUGAUCACGAGGGCGAUCCAAGGAAUAUUGCGCACCGUCUGCUGGGUCUUACCAGUAUGGCAGUCGUCCAUACAAGUGCCAUGUCGAUCACCCAUGGCUUGUAUGAUCUCAUUACGAUGCCUCAGUGGCUGGAGCCCCUCCGGCAGGAGAUUCAAGAGGUCCUGCCCGACUGGAAGUCUACCACCUACGCUAAUCUGGUUGCGCUCAGGCACCUAGAUAGCUUUCUCAAGGAGUCACAGCGCUUCAAUCCUCCAGGCGAGCUAUCCUUCCAUCGGGUAGUCAAGAAAGACCUGGUCCUCUCCGAUGGCCUCCGACUUCCAAAGGGCACCCAUAUCUGCAUGGCAUCUGGACCCAUCGGCAUGGAUACUACAUAUGUCUCCAACCCCGACACGUUCGACGCCUUCCGCUACGUCGACGGAGACAAGGCUCAGUCCCAGUUUGUCCACACGGGUGCCACCAGCAUGCACUUCGGACUAGGUCGGUAUGCAUGUCCCGGUCGCUUCUUCGCCACGUUUGUUUUGAAGGCCAUCCUCAGUCGGUUUCUCGUGGAUUAUGAGUUUGGAUUUGGCUCUGAUCAGGUUGGGAGGCCGAAGAAUAUGUUACUGGGGGAUAAAAUCGUGCCGAACACCUCUACUGAUGUGUAUGUGCGAAGGCGGCCUGGAUCACGGACGGCCUAA